GGAUUAGAUAUUAUCAUUAAAUAAUGGAAAAGAGGGAAAAGUUUGAUAUAAUGAUAAAGACCAAGGCCUCUCAAGAUCAGAUUGCCUCUUACUUGGUGAAGGCUGUAUUGGGCUUAAGAGAUAGAGAAAAUAAAAGUGAAUCAGUCAGGCUCUUUGGUGGAGGAUCUGCAAUUCCAAAUGUAAUUUUGGUUGCUGAAAUAAUUAGAGCUAGAUAUAAGGUAAGAAAUAAAUUAUAAUGAUAGGGAUUGAGUUCUAUUGUAACAUUAGAGAAUAUGGAGAAGGAAAUAAAUGAGAAUGGAUAAGUAAAUAAAAUAUCAAUCCCAGCAAUUAGAAUAAAAUUGACGUACUUAUUAUAUUUAUUAUAGAUGCAAACCAACUUAAGAAGAAUUAAAUUAAGCUGGAUAUUAAGCACCAGGAGAUGUGAAAGAUGACAAAAAGGUUGAACUUUUUGAAUAUGUCAUGAUCUACGCAAGGAAUUUAUAUUUUUUGAGUGGAAAAGAAAGAUAAAGACAGAAUAACAAUAAUACUUCCCAUAAGCAAGUAAUCUAAUAUAAUGAGAAACCUGAAAAAGAAAGUCAUUCAAAAGAAGAUUUUUAAUAAAGAGGAGAGUAUAAAACUAGGGGUGGAGCUCAAAUAUAGAAAAAAUAAGAUGAUUUCAAAAGAAAACCUGAUGAGACAGAACAUGAAGUAUUCUUAGAAAAUUAUUUAGGGCCAGAGAGAUAGAGAUAGAGAUUAUAGAGAGCGAUAAAGAAAUCAAAAUAAUAUUAGGCCAAAACCAUAUGAUCUGUCUAAAUAAAAUUUUUAAUCUAAUAAGAAAGAUGAGGAAAUUAGAACUAAAUAAGGUGAAAUAAGAACAAGAGGAGGAAGUAGGAAGUGAUUCAUAAUUUAUUAGAACA